AUGGGGUACCACCAAUAUAGCAAUGCUCAGGCCAUGACGCAGCCUUAUAUGCACCAUCUUCCAGCGCCAGUCCAGCCUCCGCAGCUCACACAACCACAGCCUGGCCAAAGCGCACCAUGGACAGCAGAAGAAGACAACACGCUCAUGGACGCAAAAAGUCAAGGACUUGGCUGGAAUGACAUUCACCAACGUUAUUUCCCAAUGAAAUCCGGCAACGCGUGUCGUAAACGACACGAACGCCUGAUGCAAAAGCUUCGAACCACUGAUUGGGACGAGGACCGUAUCAAACGAGUCAUGACUGAAUACAACACUGUUGGCGUCCGUGAACGAUUCUGGACCGUGAUUGCCACCCGUGUGGGAGAGCAACGGUGGGAAGACGUAGAGCGAGUGUGUUUUCAACAAGGGUUGAAAAACCUGCGAACCUCCAACUCGUCCCACUCACGUGGUCGGUCUCGAGCCAGCUCUGGUCACGUCGAAUACGACCAUGGUUCGUCUCAAGGAGACUUCGACACAAAAGCAUAUGAUACCCACGAUGACAGCGGCUUCGGAGAAGAUCUGGGUAACCCAGGGCCUAGUCGUCGCUCCAGCCACACACACUCGCUGUCAGUUCCCCACACAAAAUCGCAUGCGUUGCCCGCCGUGGAUGCAUUGAUUGGUCAUUAUCAGCAGGUCCACCAUACACCAAAUUACCACCACUAG